UUGACAGUGACAGAAAAUUAAACAUCGUUCAUAACAAUAUAACCCAACUUUUUUAAGGAGUAAUAUGUAUAAUCUGUGAUAUUUUGUUGUAAUUUAUAGUUUUGAUUAUUGGUGCAUAUAAAAUAUAUGUGUAAAAUAGGAAUAAGUGACCUUUACACUUUAUUACCACUACCUCAAAUUAUAAACUCCAGUUGAUAGUUGAUGGUACUUAACCCUGAACUAAGAUAAAAAAAUAUCAAUUAAUUCAGCAAAUAAAUUGCUUUGUGAUAUACUAAAAAGUUAGUAUUUUCAAUACUACCAAAAUGACCACGAAUGUGAAGAAAAUUGGAGAAAUUAGUAUACCUGUGCCUUGGGGACAGCUAGCAGCGAAAACAUGGGGCGAAGAAAAAGAUCCUCUCAUACUCUGCUUUCACGGAAUAAUGGACAAUGCUGGAAGCUUUAACAGACUUAUUGCUCAAUUGCCUUCCACGUUCUAUUACGUCUGUAUAGAUUUGCCAGGACACGGAAGAUCAUCAUCCUUUCCUCCUCAUCUACCGCUUCAUACUUUAAAUUUCCUUUUGGUUUAUAAACACGUAACUAGGUACUUUAAGAGAAAGUUUGUGAUCAUGGGUCACAGUUAUGGGGGUCAAUUAGGCUUUUUGUACGCCCAGAUGUACCCCGAGUGUGUCGAGAAACUUAUACUGUUGGAUACAGUGACAAUGUACCCGAUAAAAAGUAAAGACUGUAUGGAUUUUUUAGAUGAAAGAAUAGAUAGUCAUCUUAAAAUCUGUAAUAAAUUGAAUAAUAAAGAAGCACCAGUUUACACGUGGGAGGAAGCUUUGGAAAAGGUACAAAAAGGACGAAAUUACAGCGAAAUAAAGCGGGAAUCUGCCGAAGCUUUAAUAGAAAGGGCCUUAGAGCCACAGGGAGAACUUUACAAGUUUACAUUAGACCAAAGAAUUAAAAACUUUGUGAAUCCUUUAAGAGACCAUAGGUUAGCUAUGGAAGGUAUGAAAGUCAAUCCUGUAAAAUGCCCAAUAUUGAUGGUUUUAGGGAACCAGAAUGGAUUUCAAUUGAAAGUAAUGGAACCUGUUAUAAAGUUUUUGAAGAAGUGGAAAAAUGUUGAAUUUCAUAUGGUAGAAGGCAAUCACGAUGUCCAUAACGAUUAUCCAGAUAGAGUGUCCCCAUUCGUUAACAAAUUUUUAUUAUUACCAAAAGGAAAACUGUAGACGACAGGGUUAUUAUUUUUUCAUACAAUUUUGAUUGUAUAUUGUUAUUUAUACCAUAACGAACUUUCUUGUUCUUUCUCGAAACUCCUUACGCCUCUCAGGGGAGUCGGAGGUUUUAUUCAUCCUCUAUCCAUGUCUUCCAUUUCUUGCGGUCCUUUGCUAACUCUUUUAUUUUUGAAUAUGUUUUUCCUUUUUCCUGUCCUAUUUUUAUAAUCUGUUCGAUUCAUCUAUUCCUUGGCUUCCCUUUCCUUCUUUCACCAUAUCUUUUUAAUUCCAUCACGUUAACAAAUUUUUAUUAUUACCUACCAAUAGGAAAACUGUAGAAGACAGGGUUAUUAUUUUUUCAUACAACUUAGAUUGUAUAUUGUUAUUUAUACCAUAACGAACUUUCUUCUUCUUCUUCUUUCUCGAAACUCCUUACUCCUCUCAGGGCGUCGGAGGUUUUAUUAAUCCUCUAUUCAUAUCUUCCAUUUCUUGCUUUCAUGCUUUCAACGUGUCCAUCGUGGUUGCUUUUAAAGUUCAGGUGUCACAUGAGUAAGGCAAGACUUAUUCUUUAGAUGCCGUGUCCGUAUUCAGACAUUAGUCGUCAUCCUGCUUACAAUUUGCUGAAACACGCUUACAGCGAUGAAAGUUUCUUUCGACCAAUCUAUCUCUUUCUCUCCACUUUAUAUUAUAUUGGGAGGAAGAAGAUGAUAUAUAGGUUCGUCAAAUAUGUAGAUGGCCGAAAUAUUCUGUUGUGCUCCUCUUUAUGAUGUUUAUGAGCUCACGUUCUGAAUUCAUGAUUUUAAGAACAUCUUCAUUGGACGUGUGCAAAACCCACGAUGUUUUUAGGAUCGCACCACAAUUCGAGUGCUGCUAAUUUGUUAAUCAUUGUGGUUCUUAAUGUCCAUGUCUCACAACCAUAUUAUAGGAUAAACCACACUAAAUGAAAUGAACUACCUAUACCUAACUAUAUAAUAAAUAUCAAACUACCAAUUUCUUUUAAAUGUUCAUGUUUUUGGGGUAUUUUAUUUUUUAUAAUAAAUAACGAAACCUGCAAGGUAUUUUAAUUGUUGAUUGUUUUUAUUAACUGCCAAAAUAAUAAAUACAAAUAAUAGUAAUAUUCUUAGUAAAACAAUGGUAUGGUAUUGGUAUUAACUAAUACAAACUAUUAUUUGUUAAUAGGUACAUAAAUGUAUAACUUUUUACAUGUUUUUAUCUUUUUAUAUUAUUACUUAUUAAGUUGAUCUUUGUUGGUAUUUAUUGAGAAUAAAAGUGAAAUGCAA